UGCCAUUUGAAUAACACAUCACAUUAUGAGUGCCAGCAGCACAAUGCUCUUUCGGACUAUACGAGCAACACAAUCGCAGCUUGGAGGGUGUGUAUUGGAGUUAAAGUAUGCUGCUCUGAAUAUGCGGGGGGUUACACACUGUCACUUUACCACUAAAACAACCAAGCCCAAGGGCAAGGCGAAGAGCAAUAGCAGUAGCAACAGUAACCAAGGCAGCAUACAUAACGAGGACACGACAGCGACCCAACAAUCAUUAGAAGAAUUGAAGCUGAAUCUUCUGGAAAAGAGACUCAAGCUACGGGAACUUACAACGCAGUUGACACCAUUAUCACGUCCUAUUGACUCUGUCGCAAUAACAACCGGAUCGAUCCAUGAUCCUGCAAGCAAAUCGUUACCGUUAUUAUCUCAUCCUACGCCACAAGCGCAAGGGGAAAAUGUACCUCGCCAACCGUUACACCAACAUCAACGUAAGCAUAAGCAAGGACCAGAUCGGCACAUGCCAAUUUUCACCAGUCCUGCAGACAUGACUGUCCGGUUACCCAAGGUUGUUCGAGACUUUACUCAGCCCAACAACCCUGAGAUUGCCAAGAUUGCCCUCAUUGGGCCUCCCAAUGUUGGAAAAUCCACUAUUGUGAACGAUCUUGUCAAAAGUACAGUCUCGAUUGUGUCGAUCCGUCCUCAUACUACACGAGAGAGGAUUAGAGCCGUGUUAGCACAGGAAAACAAGCAAAUCAUAUUCUACGACACGCCAGGGGUAGUUCCGGAGAAAAACAUAUCAAGACUAAACCGAGAACUAGUGACAUCCUCUUGGAGAGCAAUUGAGGAUGCAGAUCAUCUCCUGGUCGUUAUGGAUUGCCAUAAGCUUCUCGAGCAUUCACUGGUCACAGAAAAAUAUUUGUUUGAAAGACUCCAAAAAAUGGAAACUAACAUUCCUGCAACAUUAAUUUUCAAUAAGAUGGACCUAGUAAAAGGUCAAGAAGAGAAAUUGCAAAAGUUUGUUCAAGAAUACAAUCAAAAGUUCCCAAAUUUUGUAAAGGUCAUUUACACUAGUGCCAAAGCGCCUGUGGUUGGGAUUCAUGAGCUUCGUUCACAUCUCAUGUCCCUCACAAAGCCAGGGCCUUGGCUGUAUCCAGCGGACCAAAAAUCUGACCGGUCAGAUCUAAGCCGUGUCGAAGAUUCGAUCCGAUCUGUGUUAUAUGAGAUACUCAAGGUCCCAUAUAAUGUCAAGCAAGAAAACGUUGGGUGGACAGAAUUACAGGACCAAGUACUUAGGAUUGACCAAAGUUUGAUAGUUGAACGACCAGGCUUAAAGAAAAUCAUUGUUGGCACUAAUGGAUCUGUAAUUAGGGAUCUCACAUUGAAAGCAAGACAAGCAGUUGGAAGUGCAUUGCAAAGAAGGGUCAUGCUCAAUCUACAAGUAAAAGUUCGACCCAAAAAAGUAUAAAGGAAGAAGUAUACAAUAUUUAUAAUAGUCAUUAUU